CACACAACGACACAUAUAAGUUAUACUAACCAUAGCUAUUAUUAUUAUAGACAGAGUAUAGAUACGCGGCUUAGCAUAUCUAACCUCCCUCUCUGUCUUCUCACCCGUUUGGAUCCUGCCAUGAUUGUUGGAAUUAUGUAUCCUCGGACCCUGACUGCUCGCGGAUCAACUUGGGUGGGGGGACAUAACUAUAUUAAUUGGACAUUGAAUGCCCCGGCGGCCCUAUCUCUCAAUAUUACAGAGUAUGCUGCUAGCUGCUAUCACUAAGUUAAGUUACCCUAUUAGGUUAUUAGUCGGCGUUGAUAAUAGGCACAGGCACAAGAUACCCAUAACUUUCUGAGCGUGGGACCAAACCAACCGCAAUAAUGACGCCAGGAUCAAUCUCCAGCAAGCCGCGAAGAGUGGUUUCAAUGCCACAUGAAAAAUUCGGCAAAAAUGGGCCAGAAAACAUGCGCCAGCCUAGGUUACAGAAGCUUGUCUCCCGUCCCGGGGCUCUUCUCCUCCAAAAACUGCUGAGUCAGUAAGUUAGUAACUAACUUAGCCGGCCGCUAAACUGCCGCCAAUUCGUCCCCAGAAAACAGCUGCCCGCACUCCCCAAGAGAGAAGCGAUGGUCGCAUGGAGCCCGCAGAGGGCAGUUAUAUAUAAUAUAAUAUCCAAUAUAUAUCACCGGAUGGACCUUGACCUGAGAGGCGCUCUUCUUCUCCCCUUUCAAGCUCUUUCAAUCACCAAGGUGCGCGCCCUCGAAAUUGGCCUAUAUGCCUGGAAAGUGUGAGGCAGUUAAAAGCCGCUGGGAACCUCUAGUCCGUAAGUUAAUUAUAACUUACAUAUUAUCUAUCUACAUACCAUUACCACCCAGCGCAGACAACCACAAAGGACAACAGGGAGGAAUCCCCAGCUCAGCUUCAAUUAUAUCUUAUUUGAUCAUCCUUUCAACGUUUGUACGCUUUUAUUCCUUCUCUUCUCUUCUCUUCUCAUUUCUUCUCCUUCCCUCGUGGCUGCCGUCUUUCACGGCGCCUGCGCUUCUCCUCCUCCUUCCCCAAGCUCUCUCCUGGUCGGUCGUCUCCUUCCUCCGCUCAUGGAUAAACAACAAUAACAACAACAACAACUACUACUACUACUACUGACAGAUAAAUAAUCUUCCUCCCCCUAUAUUGUUUAUCUCUCCUCCUCGCCUCUUCUUAUCCUCUUUUCCCUCUUGAUAUAUCAACCGUUCCUCGUUCGUUUACCUCCCUCAAGCUGAGCAUCAUCAUCAGCCAAUAGCAUUACCACUGGUAUAUCUUCCUCUUCGUCUCUCUCUCGAUUCGCCUAUCCUACCUACAGCCCAGUUGGAAAGCUUCUGUUACCUUUUUUCCUGUUUAGUCCUCUGCUUGGGCCCACAGUCUCUCGUUUCAUCACAGACAGAGCAAGCCAUCUCACUGUCAAGGAUCCUCCCACCUAGUUAGAUAGAUCCUCUCGACGCUGUCCUGCCCUGCUGGUCUUGGUUUUUCCAUUUUAGUAAACUGUUGCUGUUGAUACGCCAUUUUUUGUUCCUCUAGCACGCCAAUUGAUCGCUAUGGCUUCUCCGUUGUCUUCCACCCCGGUUGAGAUUUUGGAGAGCCCUUUGGCUCCGGCGCCCGCAGCAAAUACCGUCCUAACCCCGCUACAAUGGAAAACGCUCAUGGCCCUGGCGGACACUGUUAUCCCCUCAAUCAGACCAAAAAGUGCCGGAGGGUGCCCGAGUGACUGUAUGAUCAAUGAUGCUGAGUUUGCCAUUGCAUCUCAUAACCUUAUGUCCAUCCAUGAAGGUUCUGCACACUCCGAUGUUGCCGUCCGCUUUCUCGCGGAAAAUGCGUCUUCUGUUCCCGGAUUCAAAGAGAGCAUGUGUCGUGUUCUCGGUCAGCAAGUCCCGGACGAAGCUAGGCGCGGCAUCAGCGUCAUCCUCAACGCCCUUAAUAGUCGCCCCGUUUCCCUCGCCUUGACCGGAUAUGCUGCCCCUAUUCAGUGUCAGCCCUAUCCUAUUCGCGAAGCAAUUUUUCGGGGCUGGGCUACUUCAGUUCUUCCACCAAUGCGCACCGUAUAUCGUUCAUUGAUUGCGCUCUUCCACAAGGCGUGGAUUCCCUUGAGUCCGACGCUCCCUGCUCUUGUUGGAUUCCCUAGAGUACCGGUCGGUUUCACUACCGCUGAAGGUUAUCCUUACGAGUUUCUGCAACUCCCUCCUGGCGACAAUACCGAAGCUAUCUACGUAGAUGUGGUCAUCAUCGGUAGCGGCUGCGGUGCCGCUGUGGCGGCAAAAAAUAUUUCGGAAGCAGGCCACAGUGUCAUUGUGGUUGAAAAAUCUUAUUACUGGUCAGAGAAGCACUUCCCCAUGACAAUGAAGGAGGGAACCUCAAAUUUGUUCGAAAACGGGGGCGCCACUGUUUCUGAUGAUGGCUCGGUUGCCGUCAUCUCGGGUUCCACAUGGGGCGGGGGCGGAACGAUUAACUGGUCGGCAUCGCUGCAGACACAGAACUAUGUUCGUCAAGAAUGGGCAAAGAAGGGGAUGCCAUUUUUUACCUCUUCGGAAUUUCAGAAAUCCCUUGAUCGUGUCUGUGAGCGCAUGGGCGUUAAUACAGAGCAUGUUAAACACAACAGUGCGAACCGUCUCCUACUUGAGGGUGCACGAAAGCUAGGUUAUGCUGCCACGACAGUCCCUCAAAAUACGGGCAAUCAGGAACACUCUUGCGGACACUGCACCCUGGGGUGCGGAUCUUGUGGGAAGAAGGGGCCCCAGGUGACAUAUUUGGCUGACGCUGCUCGCGCAGGAGCGCAAUUUAUCGAAGGUUUUCACGCUGAUAGAAUAUUGUUUAGAGAGGGCAAUGCUGGGAACUGUCUUGCUCAUGGCGUUGAAGGAACUUGGACAUCAAGAGACAUCAACCAGGGCGUCUGUGGAGAGCCGGUUAUUAAGCGCAAGGUGGUAAUCAAGGCCAAAAAGAUCAUUGUGUCUUGCGGUUCCUUGCAAAGCCCCCUGUUACUGCUUAGAAGUGGACUGAAAAAUCCACAAAUUGGGCGUAAUCUGUACUUGCAUCCAGUUGUUAUCCUGUCUGCAGUAUUUGGGCAAGAAAUGAAGCCAUGGGAAGGCAGUAUUCUCACCUCGGUGGUAAACGAAUUUGAAAAUUUGGAUGGCCACGGCCACGGGGCAAAGAUCGAAACCCUAACGACAGUCCCCUCGUUCUUCCUCCCAGUCUUUCCUUGGAACAAUGGACUUGAGUAUAAACGCUUUGUCUCAAACCUUCGUAACAUGGCCGGGCUUAUCACCCUCACCCGCGAACGAUACGGCGGGAGAGUUUACCCCGAUCCCGUCGAUGGAAGAUGUAGAAUUUCGUAUACCCCAUCCCAUUUCGAUAGAAAGAACAUGAUUGAAGCAGUUAUUGGAGCUGCAAAAAUUGCCUACGUUUGCGGCGCUCAAGAAAUCUACACUACUAGUCGCGACAUUCCAACGUUCAUUCGCCCUGAGCGUCUAGCAACUGAGGCUUGCGGCCCCGAAGCAGGUAUCAAUCAUUCCGCAUUCCAAGCCUGGGUCAAAAAAGUGCGCCAUACCUAUUCUCCAUUGACCCCCGAACACACCGUUUUUGCAAGUGCCCAUCAGAUGGGUACCUGCCGUAUGGGCACGUCACCGAAAACUAGCGUCGUGGAUCCUAGUGGAAAGGUCUGGGGAACCGAAGGGCUUUACGUCGCUGAUGCGUCUGUUUUCCCAAGCGCUAGCGGUGUGAAUCCGAUGAUAACGAACAUGGCCAUUUCAGAUUGGACCAGCCAGAACAUUGUGAAGGUCCUUCACGGUGAGAGGGUUCCUAGUGGCCCGCGACUGUAGAGAAGCGAUCUGAAACGCUCGCAACCGAACAAUCUGUCAGAUAAAGCGAUCAUGUAAUAUACGACUUACCUAGAGUGGAGUCUACCCAGACCGAUGAUGGCAUUGUUCCGUCCAAAGCUGGGAGCUAGCUAGGCGGUGGAUCUUCCUUCUCCUCUCCUAUUAUUAUCUCAACACCACCGCUCUUUUGAUUUCUUCCUCACCCCCCAUCAUGUAUAUAGCCUGGGUAGAUGAAGAACAGGUAUUAUUAUGGACCAAAAAGCUCACUAUUUCCUUUUUAUAGCAGAAAGUAAGGAGUGCUCGCAUACAAGCGACAGUAGGCCUGCAACAAGGGUGAAAAGCCCACGGGUGAGGGCGUCCACAUCAAUGGAGCUCAAGGGGGGGGUAGCAGAGUAUCAAGAUAUUGGAACAGGAAGGCCAACGGAAAAGAAGAGGAAUUCUAAGGAAAGGGCUCCUGUUGGUAUCACACAGUCCCAACACUGUGCUGCCAGUGCAGAGCAGCCAACUUGGCAGACAUAUACAUGUUCAUAACAUCUUCUUCUAUACAGGCUCUACUCCAAUGGAUCUGC